AUGGGAAAGAUUGGGGUGCAGAUGGAAACUUUGAAGGAUAUAGGUUCAUAUCAAUAUGCUGCCAACAACAUCAUUCCUGGAUACAAACCUCCUGGUUAUAAUGCAUUAAGGGGUCCAUUGUUGCAAAGAGAAAGAGCUCACACAGAGAAGUUACUUGAACCAAUUAAAGGAACUUGGAGAUUGAAAGGAGUGAGCAUAGUCACAGAUGGUUGGACAGAUGCUCAAAGGAGGCCUCUGAUUAAUUUUAUGGCUGUGUCUGAUGGGGAUCCCAUGUUUUUGAGGGCAGUUGAUGGAUCCAAAGAAUAUAAAGACAGACAUUAUAUGGCUGACUUGAUGCGUCAAGUGAUUGAAGAGGUCAAGCCUCAGAAUGUGGUUCAAAUAAUCACUGACAAUGCAUCUGUUUGCAAAUCAGCAAGUAGGCUUAUAGAGGCUGAGUAUCCCACUAUUUUCUGGACGCCAUGUGUUGUGCAUACGCUUAAUCUUGCAUUAAAGAAUAUAUGUGCAGCAAAGAACACAGAGGCAAAUGAGAUUGUACUCAAGCUCAUUAAAACUUCACUUCGUACAAUGGUGAUAAGUGAAGCAUGGAAUGCUUAUAAGGAAGAUGAUGUUAGAAAGGUAGCCACAGUGAAAAAUUUAAUCCUUAAUAACUCUUGGUGGGAUAAGGUGGAUUAUAUACUUUCUUUCACUGGACCGAUUUAUGACAUGCUUCGGAUGGCUGACAUAAAUAAGCCCAUACUUCAUUUAAUUUAUGAAAUGUGGGAUUCAAUGAUAGAACGAGUGAAGGAGUCCAUCUACAAGCAUGAGAAUAAGGAGCUUUCUGAGUAUUCAGCUUUCUUUGAUGUUGUUUAUAGGAUCAUUAUUGAUCGAUGGACAAAAAGUUGCACUCCCCUUCAUUGUCUUGCACAUUCAUUAAAUCCUAGGUAUUAUACACCCCAAUGGCUUGAAGGUGCUCCCAAUAGAAUUCCACCUCAUUUAGAUAAUGAAAUAUCAUCUGAGAGAGUAAAGUGCCUUCAUAGGUACUUUACUGAUCCUGAGGAGAGAAAGGCGGUCUUCCAAGAGUUCCCAAAAUUUGUUGGAAGUUUAGACUUCUAUUCAUCAUUUGAUUGUUUGCAAGAUAGGUGGAAUUUAGAACCUAAAGAGUGGUGGUUAAAUUAUGGUUCUUUCACCCCUAUUCUUCAGAGGCUUGCAUUGAAACUUCUAGGCCAACCGUGCUCUUCCUCUUGUGAAAGAAAUUGGAGCACUUACUCCUUUAUCCACUCAUUGAAGAGAAACAAGAUCACUCCUAAAAGAGCUGAAGACUUAGUUUUUGUGCAUACUAAUCUUCGUCUCUUGUCAAGGAAGAGUGAAAAGUAUCGCAUUGGGCAAAGUAGAAUGUGGGAUAUUGGUGGAGACAUUAUAGAGCCAUUUGAUGCUGUCAAUAGCCUUGAGAUGGCAAGCUUGUCAUUUGAUGAACCCAUUUUAGAGCAAGAAAUUAUAGGAGAGCCUAGUAAUGUAAUGGAAAAUGAGGAUGAUGAAAUGUGA